GUUUAUAAAUGGCCUCCACAUUAAGUGCCUGUGCGCGCUCCCUGGGAGCGCACGGCACCGCAAUCUGGCGCACACUAUGUCUGUGUGAGGUCCCGAUUUGUGUGAUCACUGAUUGGCCAAUCAGUAAUCACAGGAACAGUAGUAAACAAGAUGUCACUUCCUGACAUCAUUGCUUACUACUUGUGAAAUUUGUGAAUGAUCACAAAGCUUGUCACAUGGUACAAGGCUGUUGUGAAUAGCCUUGUACCAUGUGACCUCUGUGAUCAUUCACAGAUUUCACACGUA